UGUGGUAAAAGAAGGCAACCACACAAAUGCAAAGACGAAAACACACGAGCACACACACACGCACAAGAAGCAAAGACACUCAAAUCAAGCAACAACGGAUCGUCUGCUCGACGGCUGCACUUCUCCUUCUGGUGUCACGAUGUUGUCGCGGUCGUCGUCGCGGUCAUCGUCCGCAGUGGUGGCAGCGCUGCUGGUGCUGCUUCCGCUUUGUUUUGGGGCUGCAGUAGCGUCCCGCCACGAGCCCGUAACGCUGAUGUUCAAGCCCUUCAACUCAUCAGACGUGUGCGCCCUCGUCUCCUUGAAGGCAUUUUCCGCCUCCAUCAGCCACAACGAGACGAGAGCUGGGCUUGUGCAGUUGCCUGAGUUCAACGCCACAUCGGCCACCUUCACACCGCAUCCAAUGGCGUCCUGCGGCAACCUGUCGGAGUCCAGCACACAAGUCACGCUCUCAGCGACCUUUGCUCUGCACAACUCCACCACAACAGCCAAUGUCGUCCUGGCAUUCAACGCCACCACAACUAGCGGCAAAGUGAGCAAAUGGUACCUGAGCGACCUUGCUGCCGUCAUCCACCACGAGCAGCAGGGCGAUCACGCCAUCACCGUGUCCUACCCGUCAGCAUCGCGCAGCACGUUCGUCGCCCCGGCAGGCUAUGGUCUCCGCUGCCGCGCCAAUGCUGUCUUUGAAAAUGUGACACAGGGAGUGACGGUGGUUGAAUUUCAGGACGCAAUCCUGCAACCGUUCAACGUUCGCAGGAAUCAGACGCAGCCGCAGCCAAAGCGAGGGGAGCGAUUUGAUAUUUGCCAGUUCCAGAAGGACGAACAAGACCACACGCUUGCGCUGGCCAUUGCUGGCGGUGUGGGCGCGCUGUGCCUGUGCGCCAUUGUUGUCUAUUUCAUCCGCUCUCGCCACAAGACUGCCUACACCUCCCUCUCAUAGCAGCUCAGGCUUAUCGGUGCGCGCCUCUCUUUGUUUGUUCAUUCAUUCGUUUUCUUGCUUGUUUGCUUAUCGCUCACCCUCUUCCCAGCGUCUCCCCUCUCUGUCUCUCUCUCUCGUGUUGCUCGCUCUUGAUUGUUGUGUAUGCGAUUCUGCAAGGCACCCGACCGUUGUGGUGGUGGAAAAUGAUGUUUUUAUGUUGGUGUUACAUGUUGAGACACAAUGAACACAGUGGCCAAGCACCAACCAACCAACCAUGCAUGACACAACCACGUGACGUCACGCGUGGCAUGACGUGCCAUGUGACGCAUCCGCGCAGCCACC